AAAAAGAGUGAGAUCACAGCAACAAUAACAAUUAACACCACGGUUACAGAGUCCCGAGCCAAGAGGCAAGAGGGGGAAACGUGGCAGUGGGAAACAAGAAGAAGCGUUGCGUCGUUUUAUUUUUUCAGUCUUAAAACGCUAAACCCUCUCAGAGUGACUGAGCCGGAAAUGCCGUGUGCCACAGACGAGCAUGUCGAACUCCGGUGACGCAGACGCAACGGCGCAAGAGCAAGAGCAAGAGCAGAACGAGCAAUCCGAAGAAUGGGAAACAAUGGCUCGCGCGUGGCUCUGCUCGUUCCCCGAGGCGAAGGAAGUGAGCAUGGGCGAGGUCGAAGCUUGGAUCGAAUCUAACCUCUCUUCUCUCCCCGAAGGCCUUCGAUCCAUGCCUCGCCCUGAUCUCUGCCUCAGACUUAUUUCCUUUCAGAAUUGCAUGAGGCUCCCCAAUCAGGAAAAGGAAGUGAAUCAGCUUGAUCUUCCACACGCACGGUUUCAGCGCACUGAUCAAUGGAUACCGGUUUAUUCGUGGUUAGAAACUUUGGAUAAGGAUGAGGUGGUGAAAUCCAAGGAGAUUUCGGACUGGUUAACCGAGAACCCUAAGGUCCAAGAACAGUUAUGCUCAAGGCAUUCUCGAUAUCACUUGAUGCACUACAUCAAAAAAUGCCACUUAAAGAUACUAAAAAGAAGGGAAAAAAAGAAGGGUUUAGAACAGCCUGACAAAGACUCAUCCUUGAAGGUUCAGAAAGAUGUGCUGAUGAAACACCCAGCCCCACUUUCAUGUAGUUCUGUGAACAAUCUGCCCAAAGAUAGCGAUUUGUUCUUGGCCAAAAGAAAUGAAGCCUAUCGUAAAUAUGAGAUUUUGCUGGAGUUGGAGAAGCUACUUGCCCCAAUAUUCCCAAAGCAUCCUAGCAUAAAUCAAUGAGACAGUGUUGGAAUCAUCAGCUACUGUGUCUGCAGAUUAAUAUUUGCAGUGACAGGGAACUCCCUGAUGCGGCCCACCCCAGCGGCUCACUUUUGCUAAUUCAUCUCCUUUUGAUUAUCAUUCACUGAGCAAUGUUGUCUCCUAAGUGUUUACCUUAGAAGGUAACUAUUCUCUUCAUAGGGAAUGGUAGAUCAUAGUUGUUUGUCUAUGUAGAAGUUAGUGUAGCAGAAUUAUUGAUAUCAUCAACUGACCAUUACAUCAACUUAAGAAAUGAUGAAUCUAAGCUGGUCCUAAGUUUCCUAUUAUGAGUAAUUCAACAUUGUCAUGAGCUCCUCCUUCAAGGUGAUGAAUGAAUGACGCUAGCUAGGUUUAAACGAAGUCAACCAAUUGAGCUAUUUUCCUGGCUUGGACCCGUGAGUAUUUAUUAGUUAGAAAAGAUGGCAC